AUGCAUCUGCUCUCCAACCUUCUGCUUUCUCUGGCGGCGUCAGGCACCCUGGCCGCCAAAAUCCCCAACGCGAACCAGCAAAAGGUCAAGGCCACGACCACAUCGACAUCCCAGGCCACUCCGACCGUCUCUCUCGACUACUGCGACGUCGCCGCCGUCGCCGGAAACUCGACCGUCGGGUAUUGGAAGUACCAGAACAUCCGCUUCGCCAAGGCUCCCACCGGUGACCUGCGCUGGGCCAAACCGCAGUGGCCCGCCGUCGAGACGGAGAUCAACACCGGAUCGCUUGCGGAUGCCGAUGUCGACUGCAGCUCCGAGGAGGAUUGCCUGUUUCUCGAUGUCUGGGCUCCCGCGAACUCGGCGGGCAAAAAGCUCCCCGUCAUGGUGUGGACUUAUGGCGGAGGCUUCACCGGUGGAAGUAAAUCGCAGAACACGCCUGAGGGCCUCUUCGACCUGAGCACCGACUUCGUCUACGUCGCCUACAACUACCGACUGGGAAUGACUGGUCUUGCCAACGGACCGACUUUCCUCCACGAGGGCGGUACUUCCAACACCGCCAUUUGGGAUGUCCAGCAUGCGUUCGAGUGGGUUCAGAAGUACAUUGGCAAGUUCGGUGGCAACCCGGACGAGGUGACUGCCGUCGGCUUCUCUGCUGGGGGAUCGCAGACCCUGUUCCAAUUCACUCGAUUCGCCGGUCGCGCUGAGCAACUCUUCGCUCGUGCCUAUGUCAUGUCUCCCGGAUUUGUUCCUGGAGCAGGCCAUCAGCAUGCCGAGGCCUUUUGGCAGAACGUCUCUACCGCAGUGGGUUGUACCGACGGCCACCUCGACUGCAUGCGCGAGGUCGACUUCGCCACCCUCACCAGCGCCGCGGACGAUGUCGUCGACGCAUAUGACUACCAGUUCCAGCCUCGAGUAGAUGGCGAAAUAGUUGCCGACACCUACGAGGCCCAGUUCUACCAGAAGCGCUUCAACUUCACCGGCCCCGUGGUCCUGAGCCACGAGCAACACGAGGCCAACAGCCAGGCCUACUCUGGAGUCGACACCGAGGAUGACGUGGCCACCUAUCUCCGCAUCUUCUUCCCGGCCAUCGCGGACGAGGUUGUUGACGAAGCCUUGGCGCUUUACCCCGAGGACGAUUACACGAGCGCCGGUCUGCGAUUCGCGGACAUGAAGCAGCACUUUGACUUGACGGCGCAUAACCUGGCCGCUACCCAGGCACUCAACAACAAGACAUGGAACGCCAUGGUUGCCCUUGACCAGGCUACUCAUGGAACUGACCAGAGCUACUACUGUGACGCCGCAGCUACUGGAGUCUCCUCUUCUAACUCCACAACUGGUGGCCCAGGAGGAGGUGGCGGCAUGAGCAGCACUUCUGUAAACUCAACCAUCGCCAUCACCAUGCAAAAAUACCUGAUGUCUUUUGUCCUUACUGGCAACCCCAACAAGAAGUGGGCGGAUGAUAAGUUGUACUGGCCACAGUACAACGAGGACACCGCGGCUACGGAGCUAGUCUUCAACACCACCAUGUACACCCAGACCGAUAGCCUCCUGAACGACCAGGCGCUGUUCUGGAACAAGGCCAAGUGGUAUUAG